AUGGAGCUCUCAACCACCAUGGUUCCUGUGAAUGUCCCCCUGGUGCACGACCCGCCAAGCGAGGAGCCCGAGGGUGUCUCAGCCCUCCCGCAGAGCCACAUGAUGCUCCUAAAGGCGUCAUGCUGUGCGUCGCCAGGGGAAUACCACGAUCCCGUGUCGCACAUGAUGGCCAAUAAAUGCGGGUCCAAGCCCGCUGUGCUGCUCGCUCCGUCGCCCAGCACAUGGAAGGACGGAUCGUGCUCCACGUGGUACCCCGCGUCUCCAUCCUCGGCCUUAACGGGCUCGUUGCCGACGCUUUUCGCGCCUUCAUCACUGAGACACUUGGAUGGGACACAAGCCAAGUUGCAUACGAGAUCCGAUGGUUUGCUCCCUGAUGGAUCGCGCGCCGCCAGCGGUGUUCCGAGCAGCGCCAUUGUCGUGAGCAGCAGCACGAGCAGCAACACCAGCGGCCGCCACAGCGACCAUGGCUUCGGCGGUGAGGGAGGUCUCGUGGAUGCGACGGAGCUCUGGAGUGGCGCGGACGCGGAAAUCCAGUCAGCGGGAGCGUGCGGAGAGGAACUGCCCGUGGCAAAUGCGCCGCACAUCCGCGCGCAAGACGACACCGCGAAUAUCGCGAAGAGCCAGGCGGAGGCUGCGGUGACGGGUAGCGUGGAGCCGUCAGGGCUGCGCGCGGAUUGCGGUUCGACGCUCUCCGGCUCGUCAUCGGACCUGCUGAACGACGCGCGGUGUGAACUUGAAGGCUGCGGCGGCGAUACCAAAGAGGGAAGCACGGGCGAGGCGGCGAGGCCAAGCUACGUGCUGGAGAUGCUAUCGGCCGCCGUGCAGCAGCAGGAGUUCGUGGUCGUAGGCGGCGAUGACGCCCGUCACACCACAGACUGCGCGCCGGCCACCGUCCACGUCGGAUCGAACCACCACGUCACUCAGCCCGCAGCGCGUCUGCAGUCCAGCGGGACUCACGCGAUGGUACUUCCGCAGAAGCGGCAGUGCAACCCGCCGCCCCUGCCCGCCAUGGGGCUCAAGCUGGCGGACAUCAAGCGCGUCAUCGGCCUCAAGACCGCGCCGCCCACCAAAAAGCCGCGCAAGGGCGAGUCAGUGAGUCCGUCGUCCGCGGCGGCGCAUCACGCGUCGGGGACCUCAUCGCUGGCGCAUCGCCUGGCGGCGGUUCUCCCCGCCCAUGCGCAGCACCACUCCGCCAAGCUGCCUUUUCCCCCGUCCUCCGCGACACUCUCCGACAUGCCUACCGCGCCGCACGCCGCCCCGUGCAGCCCGUGCGUCGACGCGCCCUCCGCGCUUGCGCGCGCCCCCGGCGCCUCCCUCCCGUGCCGAGGCGGGGAGACGUUGGAUGACGUGGCGCGCCAGAUGCACUCGUGGCCCGGCCGCGCGAUGAACUGUGCCUCGCCGGCGGGCGACGCGUGCGGCGGACUGAACUGCUCUGCGGACUGCAAUGGUCACAUGGCCAAGGCGCAUGGGCCACUGCCCUGCGCGCACUCACCUGAUGGCGCUGCCGAGCCCGUCUGCGCGGGAUGCGUGGGGUUGCCGCGCGGAUUGGCGCAGGGCGACGCGAUGCUCAUGUGCCCCGGAUGUACCCCGAGCAACGCCAUGGCGCCUGGAUCCGACGGUCCCUGGCCCACUGCCGCUGGACACUACCACGCUUCCAGCCACCAGCAUGCGGACAUGCUUUCCAUGGGCAUGGGCAUGGACGCCCUUGGUAACCCCAUGAUGCUCCCCUGGCAGCAGCACGCGUUGCCCAUGGAGUGCAGUUGCUGCCCGCCAUCAGCGCUUGCAGGCGCGCCGUGGGAUGCGUCACUGUCCCCAUCAUCAACACCAGCACCACUCUCCUCUUCCUCCCUGCACCCCACCAUGUGCCUGCCUUCCGGCAUGCCCGGGACCGGCACUGACCCGUGCGGCACACUGGAGGCGUCUGCUAGCGCCCCCUGUGCCAUGACCAGUGGCCUGGAGGCGAGACUGGCUGGCGCGCUGGCAGCAGAGGCAGCAGGCAGCGCGGGAAUGGCGGGCGUGGUGGGCACGGAAGAUGGGCGGGACGCUGCGGGGCUGUGGUGCUCUGCGGACGGUCUGGCAGAGGCAGGCGUGGGAGGGGCCAUGGGGGCUGCGAGUGACAAGGUGGAAGAGGACAGGGACGUCAAGAGGAAGGAGUCCAACCGAGUGUCUGCUCGCAAGAGCCGCCAACGACGGCAGCUGCAGAUGGACAGACUCGAGGCAGAGGCUGUGCAGCUUCGAGACACCAACACGGCACUAUCACAGCAAGCACAGGAGGCUGAGACACGUGUAGAGGAGCUGAUAGGCCAGCAGCGAGAGUUGCAGCGGCAGUGUGAGGCUGUGAGAAAACAGCUCGAAGCAGUUACACAUUGCAGUCAAGAGGAUGCCUAG